AUGUUCCUGCCUAGUGCUAGUAUAAAUACCACGGGGGAGGACCUCAUCGAGGUCGUGGUCGACACACCUUGGCUGUCGACAAUCUAUUCCCCCGGCCUUCAAAACAGCUUGACGCGCAUUCCCGGCGUCAUGAAGUUCGUCAAGUUUGCUUCGGCGGCCGUGCUUGCUGCCAUCGGUGGUCAGGUAGGAGCCGAUUCUACCUUCACCCCAGCAAGACCACCAGCUGUUCCUCUGGCCGUCCGUAGUCCCUAUCUGAACGUCUGGCUCAACGGGCAAGAAAAUGGUCCUCAUGGGGUCCUCCCUGGGCAAUGGCCCAGGUUUUGGGCAACUGGAAUCCAAGGAUGGCAAGGCUUCAUCAAGGUCGACGGUCAAGUAUACAACUGGAUGGGCGGUGCUCCGGGAGCCCCGAACGUAGACCAGUUGAGCUUGGAGUAUACGUCAACACGAAGCAUUUUCCACAUGUCAGCCGGCGGACUCGUCGACUUGAUAGUCGAGUUUCUGUCGCCUGUCUACCCCCAAGAUUUGCGGCGCCAAUCCAUUCCGUUCUCCUACAUCAAGGUGGCUGUCAAGUCUCGCGAUGGCAAGUCGCACAGCGUCCAAGUUUAUUCCGACGUGUCGGGAGAAUGGGCAUCGGGCGACGGCGGAGCAGUGGUUCAGUGGGAGACUUCAUCCAACGCUGGCGUGCGUAGCCAUAAGUUCUGGAAGCAGAAGCAAACUGUUUUCCAGGAAGAUGGAGAAAACGCAGCUUGGGGCAACUGGUACUGGUCCACAGGUGACCAGCCUGGCGUAAGCUACAAGAUCGGCGCGGAUGUGGAUGUGCGUGGUCAGUUUCUCAAGUCUGGGUCUUUGGACAACCAGGUUGACGACGAGUUCCGUGCCGUCGCUGACAGGUGGCCUGUUUUCGCGCUUUCCCGUGAUCUGGGCAAUGUCAGAGGAAGCUGGGCGCGCACUCUCUUCACCAUCGGAGUGGCCCAACGGGAUAGUAUCCAGUGGGUUGGUCAGGCCGCAGAUCCCCAGGCCGUGCCGUCUCUAUGGACUUCGUACUUUGGUGACGAGAGCGACCUAGUGUCGUUCUUCUACCACGACUACGACGAUGCCACGCAUGCUGCCAAUCGGCUCGAUCUUCGUAUUCAGAGAGACUCUGUUGCUGCUGCUGGCCAGGACUAUGCUACCAUUACGACUCUGGCCGUUCGACAAACCUUUGGUGCCCUGGCAUACACAGGCACGCGGUCGAAUCCUUUGAUUUUUCUAAAGGAGAUCUCUUCAAACAGCGACAUUCAGACCGUCGACGUCAUCUUCCCUGCUUUUCCUAUCCUCUUGUACAUGAACCCAAACCUGCUCAAGUAUCUUCUCGAGCCUCUGUUGAUCAAUGAUCGAUACCACUAUCCGAAUAACUGGGCACAGCACGACCUAGGACGUUUUCCCCGGGCACUCGGCUACCCUGCUGGAAACGAUGAGCCCAUGCCCCUGGAGGAGUGUGGAAACAUGAUCAUCAUGAUGCUUGCUUAUUCUCAAUGGAAGCACGACGACAAGUAUCUCUCUGACAACUGGGAUUUGCUCGCCAAAUGGGCCCAGUAUAUGAUUGAAGACGCCAAGAUCCCCGCCAGCCAGCUCUCUACCGAUGACUUUGCUGGCCAUCUCGCUAACCAGACCAAUCUAGCAAUUAAAGGCAUCAUCGCCCUCCAAGCCAUGUCUCAAGUCGCUACCCGGGCAGGCUUCCGGGACCAAAGCAGCAGGUACUCUGCGUUGGCCGAGGACUAUCUCCAAUUUUGGACUCAGCAUGGCGUGAAUGCCGACGCCGGGCACACCAUGCUGCAGUAUGACAACAAGGAUUCUUACGGUCUCCUCUACAAUAUUUACCCAGACAAGCUCCUGGAUCUCAACUUUAUCCCCCAGGAAAUAUACGACAUGCAAAGCGACUUCUACCUCAAGACGCAAAAGCGGUAUGGCGUAAUCCUCGACACCCGCAACGUCUGGACCAAGGUGGACUGGGAAAUGUUUGCUGCAGCCGUAGCCAAGCCGAAGACGCAGCGCAUGUUCAUCUCCAAGAUUGCUACGUGGAUCAAUGAGACGCCCACUUGGCGUGCCUUUACAGACCUGUACGACGUAAACACCGGUGGAUAUCCUUCCGGUAUCCAAUUCACGGCGAGACCCGUAGUGGGAGGCGUAUUCUCACUACUUGCGCUAAACAAGUAG